AAAGAACUUUUUUCUCUUUUCUUCUUCCUCCCGCGCCUCUCCCCCUCCUCGGUUCUGAGGAAUGUGCGGCUUAUGUCAGUGAGAGUCAGGUACCGACUCACUAAUUACCACAGCCCUUCCUCCCUCCCUCCACCUCCACCCUUUUCUCUCUCUCCAGCUCUCUCCUUCAACUCCGCCACCUUCUCCUCUCUCGUCCACUUCAAGACCUUGUGCCCCCCCCCACCAACCACCACCCCUCCUCUUGUCUCCUGCUGUUGCGUCUACAAGCGCUGUCGCGGCUGAAGCAGAGGAGAGGACAACCAGAGAGGAUCUGAGUCAGAAUCAAAAAAAAGCCCCAAAAGAAGAACAGAAACUCUGACUUGUCCUCUCUCUCAGUGUCUGUGGGUGUGUGUGUGUGUGUGUGUGUGUGAGUGAGUGUGUGCACUGUGUUGUGCGUUAGAUGUGUCCGAGAUCUCUUCUGACUUUGCGCUGGUGGACCUGUCAUUGAAGAAAGGAGGCACCUUGACAGCCGGAGAGACCUGACAGACGAGCGCAAGGGAGGAGAGGAAGAGGACGGAAAGAUGAGAAAGUGAUCAGCUGGAGUGUUGCUCUUGAACGGUGGCAGAAGAACCCACGACGACCACGCGUCCCAUCAUCCUACAGGCCCCAGAUCUGAUUGGAUGGUUAUGCCAGAAUGACAGCCGAAGAUCCUGCUUCUUCCUCAACCAUGAGCAAUAACGCUGCCCCCUCCAAACCCUCCUCUGGUGCCUCUCACCACCCUCUCCAUGGACAGAUUAGUAUCCCUGAGGGUGUUUCAGGUGCUUCCAAUGAGCCUGCACUGGUGGCCCUGAUGGAGCGCACUGGCUACACUAUGGCACAAGAAAAUGGUCAACGUAAAUAUGGCCCUCCUCCAGGUUGGAAUGGUCCAUCUCCUGCUCGAGGAUGUGAAAUUUUUGUGGGCAAAAUCCCACGGGAUGUUUAUGAGGAUGAGCUGGUCCCAGUGUUUGAGUCUGUAGGACGCAUCUAUGAGAUGCGGCUGAUGAUGGACUUUGAUGGGAAGAACAGAGGGUAUGCAUUUGUGAUGUACACAGAGAAACGUGAAGCCAAACGCGCCGUGCGAGAGCUCAACAACUUUGAGGUGCGGCCUGGACGGCUACUGGGAGUCUGCUCAUCUGUGGACAACUGCCGUCUUUUCAUUGGUGGCAUCCCCAAGACCAAAAAGCGUGAGGAGAUUCUGGAGGAGGUUUCCAAAGUGACAGAGGGUGUACUAGACGUCAUAGUUUAUGCCAGCGCUGCAGACAAGAUGAAGAACCGUGGCUUUGCCUUUGUAGAGUAUGAGUCACACCGUGCAGCCGCCAUGGCUCGCAGGAAGCUGAUGCCAGGACGUAUUCAGCUGUGGGGUCAUCAGAUUGCUGUGGACUGGGCUGAGCCAGAGAUUGAUGUGGACGAAGAUGUGAUGGAAACAGUCAAGAUCCUCUAUGUCAGGAAUCUAAUGAUGGAGACCAGCGAAGAGACAAUUAGACAGGUAUUCAGCCAGUGGAACGCUGGAUGUGUUGAACGUGUGAAGAAAAUCCGAGACUACGCCUUCGUCCACUUUACCUCCCGCGACGAUGCUGUCUUGGCCAUGGAUCACCUAAAUGGCACAGAAGUGGAAGGGUCCUGCAUCGAGGUAACGCUGGCCAAGCCAGUUGAUAAAGAGCAAUACUCACGCCAGAAAGCCUCCAAGGGGGGAGUUCCUGCCACUCCAGAGCCUACUCAGCAGAGCUACGUAUACCAGUGUGAUCCCUACACAUUGGCCUACUAUGGUUAUCCCUACAACACCCUCAUUGGACCCAACAGGGACUACUUCGUCAAAGGAUCCCCAAUGAUACAGAACAAUGGUACUGUGAGAGGUCGUGGUCGUGCUGCUGCAGGUAACCGUACCCCUGGACCACGGGGGUCAUACCUUGGGGGUUACUCUGCCGGUCGUGGCAUCUACAGCCGCUACCACGAGGGCAAGAUCAAGCAGACUGACAAGCCCUAUGAGCUGAUGCCCAGUCUGGAGCUUGCUGCCUCCGUCAACCCAGUUGGCAUCAAACCUGGCACAAUGGCACUGCAGACUCUGGGUGGGCAGUACCCAGUGUUCAGUGCGGCUCCUGCAGCCAAGCUGAUGGAGGAGGGGAAGGUGCACACAGUGGAGCACCUUAUCAAUCCUCUGGCCAUGCAACACCCUGAACACACCAACGCUACUGCUGCCACUGUUCUACCUGCAGUCUCUACCCCUCCACCUUUCCAGGGUCGUCCAAUCACUCCUGUCUAUGCCAUGGCCCACAAUGUACAGCGCAUCCCCACAGCCGGUGGCCUGUAUGGAGCUGGAUACCUCCCCAUCUCAAACUACGCAGCCAACUCAGCAGCUCUGGCUGCUCUGCAGAAGAAUGCAGCGGUGGCAGCUGCAGCAUACGGUGGCUACACUGGCUACACGAUGCCACAGGCCUUCCCCGCCACGGCCUUCCAGCUGCCCUUCCAUGAUGUCUACCAGACAUAUUGAUGCUAGGGCUCAGACUACAUGAAACAACAGCGAGGUUAUCCUGACUGUGACUGAAUGACCACUGCAACAUCUCAAGAAGUGUCUGUCCCAUCAUACAGAAACAUCUCAUGAACCUGUGAAUCUCAAAGAGCUCUAAAGAAAUGUGGUUUGAAGCAAAUGUUCAGAGCACAAACAAAAUGACAAGCUGACACCUCAUAUCUGUCCCACCUACUGGCCUCAGCAUAUCAUGGACCCCACAUGAUAGGCGUAAUUACACAACAUCACUGUUUUCCACUGGCUAUUAAAACACACAUAGACAGUCUACUCACUGAGGAAACUUACCAGUAUGUGGUGACAACUGUCCCCCACAAUAACCACAAUUCACAAUAAAAACUCAGACACAACUUUCUUUCUUUCUGACCCUCACCACCUCGUUGCUGUGGCAACAGGAAAACGGAAGGUACAUUCAAGUGUUUAUGAAGAGAAUAUGAACAUUUAAGGUUUUAUUCUCUACAGGUCUCUCUUUUCUAUUUUGGGGUAAAGUUUGUUUUCUGAAGCAGGAAAGAUUGACCUGUACACAAUGUUAAAGUUAAGUUUAAAGUUGGGAGGGAUGGGGGAGAAAGAAAAUUAUGAAAAUAAACAAAAAGUACAACAGGAACUACUGACAAAUGAGGAUAUUACUGAAGAUAGCUGUCUUUGAAUCUACUAAUGUUUUUUUCCCAUUACUAUAUAUAGUUUUCUAGAAAAUACUACAUGCUGUAGGUGAUACUUUCCGUCCAUGCUGGUUGAAUGUGUAUGCUUCAAAACCACCUUUGGUUUGGUACUUUUUGGUUUAUCUAGUUUUAUUUGAGUUUUGGUUGUUUUAAAUGAAGGUUCAAAGUAUUUUUCUUUUCUUUUUGCCAAUAAUUAAUUUGCUUGUUUUUAUGUCUCUGCUUUAACCUUUGGAAAAAUAUAGUACAUCUUGGUUUGUUUGAAGAGAAGUAGCCUGCUUAUUAAUGUUGUUGAGAUUCCCUGGGGAACAAACCAUAGAGAAAGAAAACUGGAAAACUUUUUCAACGAUAGACUACAUGGUUUAUCUAGAAGCCUUAUCGAAAGUGAUGUCUUCUACAUGGAGAAGUUUCCCUUCCUCUGAAACUGCUCUGCCAGGGGACUAAGACUGAACAGAUAUUAGUUGUUUUUUCUCAUUUAUGUAUGUUUUUAAUGUUGUUUUUAAAAUGUUUGACUUUUGAAAGGUGAACAAAUAUGGAGACAUUUUUUCUAUGUGGACUGGAGCGCUGUGUCUCUUAAAGUACUCCUCCAUUUGCCAAUGCAAACCAAAAACUUAUGGCUACAUACACUCCAAUGUGAUGACAUCAGAUAACCUUUCUGGGCCUUACUUCAGUGCCUUACAUCUGAAUGCAUGUGCUACUCAAUGCGUUUCACAAUGCCUUUCAUAAUAAAGACUUCCAUCUGUGCAUAGCACUGGGGUCUUCUCCAUUCAUAUUCAUAAUUAACAAGAUUUGUGGUAUUACCGUAUUUUGGUGAGCCUAGUAGGUUUCAGUCGCUGCAGUCAGAUGUGACAAGGCUAUGUCUGUCCUCUAGUCUCAUCUCUGAAUGAUCCUGCAGUAACACUCCAUACGUUUGUCUCCUCUUUAUUUCUUGUCCUCCAAACUGUGCUUGACCGAGAUGCACUUAAAAUGUAUUUAUGAAAGGCAAGAUAUUGCCACUUUCCGAUGAAGAGAUAUUAAAAACUGAGCAUGGAUUAAUGUGUUAUUGGGCUAGUUGGCGUGUUUCAUUGUCUAUGUGUCGCAGAUAAAGCAUAAAACAGAAAAUAACCCUUAUGAAUGUUCAGUGGGCACUUUUAAAACUGCAGUGUGUUGAAAACAAGUGUAAAAUUGAACUGGGAAGAACUGGAUCAAUACCUCACAAGUACAGUUACUGUGCAUGUGUUGUAUGUACUACAACACACAAACAUAACAGAGGCGAGCAGCUGCUGAUCAUGAGUUCACUCUCCAUAACAGCCAUUUUUUUUUAAAUGUAAGAACAUGCAAAACAUUUGUAUGCUGGUUUAUAUUACAUUUUUUCCCAUCCAUUUUUUUUCAUUCAGUGUUUGAGUGGAUUUUAUUUGCUAUGUUUCAAUCAGCUCCUCAGAUUUUUAACACCAUUUUACACACAAAGUAAAAUGAUGACUUUGACUUUGGCGAUGCCUUUGAUGUUGUGAAGGAGAUCAUGACUAAGUUAUUGAUCCAUGAUAUGAAUUGAAAAGGUUUGACUAUCCACAGCAAAAAAACAAACAUCUAUUUGUUUAAUCUCUGUCUACACUUUUGUUACUUCUCUCCCCUCUGAAACUGGAUUUCCUUUUGAAAGCAAACCGCUGCUCACUGCUUUCAAUAAUUUCUUGUAUGAGGAUAUUAUAUUUAAUAUAUGCAUUAUGUGUGUUGUGAAUGAAGUGAGAAGAAAAGGUAUAAUAUAUUCUAAAACAUAUUUCUUUUCUUUAUUUACACUUUGUUUAGGGAUAAAAAGUCAAAGUAACAAAAGUAGAAAAAAAGUUGUUUUUGCCAAAGUGUCCAAUAGUUUUUAAACAUUCAUGGUUAAUGUGUUUUUGUUGUGUAAUACUAUGUUUGCUAUUGUGAACCAGAUUUGGUGUUAUGAGUGGGGACACAGAGACCUUCUCUUUCUGCUUCAUACUUUCAUCCAAGACUAAAACUGGCUGAGUGAAGUGUGACGACUGGUACGCUGAGCUGUUGGUGUCACAACUUUGCUCGGCAGUUUUUGACUAAACUACUGAAGGUCUAAUCAUAAUUUAACAACCCUGUGUUAGCAGACCAAUAGUGUUCCCCUGGUUCUGCCUCCCACUCAGAACAUCCGCUUUACUUUCUAUUGCCUGCAUUUCACCCACACUGCUGCAGUAGGACAAACUCCUGCUGCUCUUUGUGUCACCGGUGUGGAGCUACAUGUGCCUAGUUUAAUAUAGGUAUUAACAUUUAAAGUCUUUCUAGUGUGUGCCUUAUUGCCAAGAUGUGCCCUUUGCCAUACCUUUCUAGACAUAUGCAGACUAUUUUCUAUCUGAAGGUUUGUAAAAAAAAAAGAAAAAAAAAAGCUUGUUCGCCAUUGUUAUAUUUAUAGUGAUAUAGUAGAUAAAUAAAGCAUUUUCAAAAGAA